GGUGGACGCAAUCGGAGAUGGAGGUGAGCAGAUUUGUAUGGGUAUGGAGGUCGGAUAGGGAGUCCUUCAACAGGAGAACUGGCAAGACGAAGAGGCCCAAAAAGUCAGAGGCCCAAACAGAAAGAGCAUCGGCCCAAACAGUCAAAGGCCCGCCCAGCUCUCCUCGUCGACUUCAUCUCCGACUCCACCUUUCUUCUUUGUCUUCAUCCCUGAGGGCGGAUCCUUUCGCUUGCGCUUCCAUAGAUCGAUCUGCUCGAGAAUUUGACGAAGUUUUCGGUCGUGUUCUUAAGACUGGUCUCGCUUCGGUGAAUCUGCCGUCAUGGGUUUAAGGAUGAACCUGAUCUACUGUUCCUUCACUUAGGAUUGCAAGCAUUUGUAGCUGUCAGCGGUACUAAUUUUG